CGAGACUAUAAGUUAAGGGAACAUGGCGACGUCUAAUUUGCUAAAGAACAAAGGCUCCCUUCAGUUUGAGGACAAAUGGGACCUGAUGCGUCCGAUCGUGCUAAAGCUCUUACGGCAAGAGUCCGUCACCAAACAGCAGUGGUUUGACCUUUUCUCAGACGUCCAUGCAGUGUGCCUGUGGGAUGACAAAGGCCCUGCCAAGAUCCACCAGGCCCUUAAAGAGGACAUCCUAGACUUCAUCAAACAAGCACAAGCUCGGGUGUUGAGUCACCAGGAUGACACGGCGCUGCUUAAAGCCUACAUCGUAGAAUGGAGGAAGUUCUUCACGCAGUGCGACAUCCUGCCAAAGCCUUUCUGCCAGCUGGAGAUCACGCUGAUGGGCAAGCAGGGCAGCAACAAGAAGUCCAACGUGGAGGACAGCAUCGUCCGCAAGCUGAUGCUGGACACGUGGAACGAGUCCAUCUUCUCCAACAUUAAGAACAGAUUACAAGACAGUGCAAUGAAGCUGGUCCAUGCCGAGCGGCUGGGGGAAGCCUUCGAUUCGCAACUGGUCAUAGGAGUGCGGGAGUCCUACGUGAACUUGUGCUCCAAUCCUGACGACAAGCUGCAGAUCUACAGAGACAACUUUGAAAAGGCCUACAUGGACUCGACCGAGCGCUUCUACAGAACGCAGGCGCCCGCCUAUCUCCAACAGAAUGGCGUCCAAAACUACAUGAAAUAUGCUGAUUCCAAGCUGAGGGAAGAGGAGAAACGUGCACUGCGAUACCUGGAGACGAGGCGCGACUGCAACUCUGUACAAGCAUUGAUGGAGUGUUGCGUCAACGCAUUGGUGACGUCCUUCAAGGAGACCAUCUUAGCUGAGUGUCCAGGCAUGAUCAAAAGGAAUGAAACCGAGAAGUUGCAUCUGAUGUUCUCGCUGAUGGACAAAGUGCCUAGCGGCAUCGAGCCCAUGCUGAAGGACCUGGAGGAGCACAUCAUGAGUGCCGGCCUGGCUGACAUGGUGGCGUCUGCCGAGACGAUCACCUCCGACUCUGAGAAAUAUGUGGAGCAGCUGCUCACGUUGUUCAACCGCUUCAGUCGGUUGGUGAAGGAAGCCUUUCAAGACGACCCGCGUUUUCUCACCGCGAGAGACAAAGCAUACAAAGCAGUCGUCAACGAUGCCACUAUAUUUAAAUUAGAACUUCCCAUGAAACAGAAAGGUGUGGGCUUAAAAACUCAACCCGAGUCCAAGUGUCCGGAGCUGCUGGCCAACUACUGCGACAUGCUGCUGAGGAAAACCCCGCUGAGCAAGAAGCUCACAUCGGAGGAGAUUGAGGCCAAGCUCAAAGAAGUGCUGUUGGUACUUAAGUAUGUCCAGAACAAAGAUGUGUUCAUGCGCUACCACAAAGCCCACCUGACCCGCCGCCUCAUCCUCGACAUCUCGGCAGACAGCGAGAUCGAGGAGAACAUGGUGGAGUGGCUCAGGGAAGUAGGAAUGCCAGCUGACUACGUCAACAAGUUGGCCAGGAUGUUCCAGGACAUUAAAGUGUCCGAGGACCUCAAUCAGUCUUUCAAAGAAAUGCAUAAACACAACAAGUUGGCUUUACCAGCGGACUCUGUCAACAUCAAGAUCCUGAACGCUGGAGCAUGGUCGAGGAGCAGCGAGAAGGUGUUCGUUUCACUGCCCACCGAGCUGGAAGAUUUGAUCCCGGAGGUGGAGGACUUUUACAAGAAAAACCACAGUGGACGCAAGCUUCACUGGCAUCACCUCAUGUCUAAUGGCAUUAUCACCUUCAAGAACGAGGUGGGUCAGUACGACCUGGAGGUGACCACUUUCCAGUUGGCCGUGCUCUUUGCUUGGAACCAAAGGCCCCGGGAGAGGAUCAGCUUCGAAAACCUCAAGCUUGCCACGGAGCUGCCAGAUGCCGAGCUCAGACGGACUCUCUGGUCUCUGGUGGCGUUUCCCAAACUCAAGAGGCAGGUGUUGUCAUACGACCCGGUGGUGUCAUCACCCAAAGACUUCGCCGAGGGAACGCUAUUCUACGUCAAUCAAGAGUUUUCCCUCAUAAAAAAUUCAAAGGUUCAGAAGAGAGGGAAGAUCAACCUGAUUGGUCGGCUGCAGCUCACCACGGAGCGAAUGCGAGAGGAGGAGAAUGAGGGCAUUGUCCAGCUCAGGAUACUAAGAACACAGGAGGCCAUAAUUCAGAUCAUGAAGAUGAGGAAGCGCAUCAACAAUGCCCAGCUGCAGACAGAGCUGGUGGAGAUCUUAAAGAACAUGUUUUUACCACAGAAGAAGAUGAUCAAGGAGCAGAUCGAGUGGCUGAUCGAUCACAAGUACAUCAAGCGGGACGAGACCGAUAUAAACACCUUCAUCUACAUGGCAUAGCACAGUGGCGGGUGUGACGGUUUGGACCUUUUGGUUUUUGGGUUUCAAUCAGGCCUGAUGGACACUAGAAUACUUCCAGGCCCCCCCCAUCCCCUUUUCCUCUAUUUAAAAAUAAAUCCUGUGCAGGGAGGCAUGAAUUAAAGACUUGAGACCUAUUUAAAAACACUUCCUGCCUUAAAGUUGUAUGAAGAGAAAAAAAAAAAGAGUCUGCACCUAAUGGUUGUAACUGUUUUUAUUUGGGACUUGAGAUGAGGCUGUAAUUCAUGUUUCUAAUUUUGUUUUUUCCGGAUGCUACAGUGUGCCGGCUAGUCUCUCCCGCCCGAUGCUUGUGGAGUUCUACCAACUGGCUUGAGGAUCCCGGAAAACGAUUUCUUCUUUUUUUUUUUUUUUUUUUUUUUUAUAAACAGUCCGGCCGAGGCCUCUGUGCUUUAAAUCCAGUUUCUUGGCAGGGCCGCCCCCCGCCCCUGUUGUUUGUAUUAUUGUUGUGAGAGUAAGUCAUCACCUAAUCACGACUUUUGAGAGUGCAUACAGUGCCACAUCACAGGUUUUUCCCGGACUCAAUCUCCAUUUGUGGAGUAAAACGUAGGAUUGGUGUCCCCAGGGACAGCAGGGGGGCGGUGGUGGUGGUGUCGGGAGUCUUAACUGGGAGCUCACUUGCAUUUGCAAAAAAAAAACAAAUCUUCUGCAGGAAGUCUCGGGAAGAGAGGCAGAGGUCAGUAUUAAGCGUGGUAAAAGCAUACAGUUCAGAUGCGUGUCGGAGGGGUGUACUGUGAGAUGUGUAUAAUGAAAUAAAAACAGCACCUUAUCAUGAAA